AUGACGGGCUUAAUGUCAGUUUCUGAACGCGACCCAGAACUGGACAGCUAUCUAGAAAGAGUCAAACAGCUCGAUGAGUCUCGACAGGGGCGGCGCAAUCGCAGUGGACCCUCAACCGUUAAGCCGAAACCUGCUCAUUUAAAUCAAAGCUAUCCUGCGGAAGACUUCAAAAAAGCGCAAGUGAUUCUCGAUGGCGAGUAUGUUAGCGAACGAUAUGAGAGUGAAGGUCGUGUAGGAACUUACUCAGAAAUGGCCUAUAGGUCAGCUUACAACUACGAGCAGACUUUCUCCCCUAAGAAGCAUGGUAGAAAUUCUUCUUUGUCCCCACACAAGCAGACCUCGUUAUCAUCUCCAUCGAAAAUUACUUCUUCUCGUGUGGAGCCUCCUUCGCUGUCUAAGUUUGAUGACCACGGUGCGCAUUCAAAAACAUUUGUGGUUUCAGAAGAGGAUUAUCUUUUGUUAAGAAAGCUGAAGGCCAACAUAGGCGACGAUGACGUAGAGUCAGAGUCACUUCCUUCUCGAGGCAAGCCUAGAGAACUGAGGACUCUCGAAAAGAAUUCUAGAGAACUGAGAACUCUCGAGAAGAACCACAGACCUCAAAGUAACUUCUCGAAACGCAAUUCCUAUACUGACAUCUCGAGUGACGACGAAGAAACUCCUCCACCGCUUCCUUCGCGAAGUGUUCUACACUCUUCUGGUGGGAAUUCGGAUGAAGCUGAUAUUCCAAGAGCUCCUGCUAGGCGAGGCGUUCCAAAGAUUCCUCCCAAACGGGCGCAAUUUGAAGUUCAUAAUAAUACCAAACCAAGAGUCACAGGGCCACCACGCAAGGCAGACUUAGACAGUAAUAUUGAAGAAAUGGAGGGCAAGGAUGAGGAAACCUCUACCAAUCAAGGAUCCUUUUCUUCGCUUGUAAAGGAUAAACGUAAGGAAUUAUACAGUAGCAUAGCACGUACACGCCCAAAGGAAAAACCCGAUCUUGAAAUCAAGUCAGAUGAUGAACAAGACUGGAGACCUGAAAACAAUGAACAAAAAUCGCGAUCAGCAGGAAAGUCAAAUUUGUCUCAGUUGAGUGUGCAGCCUCAAAGACAUGUCGAACCUCGUUCAGCACGUCGCCAAGCUCCUUUACCACCUACAAAGAGAGCUGAGCGCCCCACGGGUAUUGAUACUGAAAGGAGUUUUUCUGUGGAUUCUCAAGUCAAAUCAAAUGCCAAAUCAGAGCAUCUCAUUCCGAAGGUACCACUAAAGCCCGUUUCUCUUCGUGAGUGCCCGCCGAAAGAAUCUAAAAGGGGUGUGGAAGAUGACAAGCCAAUACUAGACGCAGCAAGAUUGAAAUUGAGGCCUGUUAAGGAAAGGCCUCAAGUGCCAGAGAAAAGAGUAUCUCUCACUUCAAAAAAGGAUGCGGAGCAGAAUGCAGUCCCCCCCAAACCUAUACUAAGAACUGUUAAGCCAUCUGGCACUUCAAAGGAGACACACGAAAACAUUCCAGAAGCAUUGGCCAAGAGAGAAAAACUUGCAAAAGCUCCACCUGUCCCACAACGUAAAAUUUCAAUGCCUGAUGCCCUAAAAAGAGCAGAGACGAUGAGGCAGAAUAGAUCAAAAAAUUUGACCACCACUACUAAAGAAAAACCAGUAAGCAUGGAUGAGGGUAACGAGGCUUUACUGAUGGCUCGGAAAUUGAGGCCCCUUUCUGAUGGCAACAACCUUAAAGGCACUAAUCAUAAUAACUUGUCUGAAAAUGACGACGUCCAGCAGAACUCCAAUAACUUGAGACGUUUUCUUGAAAAGGAAAAAUCUAAGACUUUUGAUGGGUUUGAUGGCAACGCCCAAAGUCCUGUCGCAAUACCUUUUAUGGUUCAGGGCACCGGAGCAGAGGUCAAAAAGCUCUUCAAGUCGAAAACAGAAUCGUCGUUACCGCCUGCUAAGAAGGGAAAUGCGCCUGCAUUAACCCAUGUAACCAAGAGCAGAGCCAGGGGUCCUCGUAGAAAACUGCCUAGUGGUAUAGAACUGACACCAAAUUAA